AUGAGCUCCAGCGACGUACGCGACAUUUUGUCGCUGCCGAAUCGUGCUACCACAGCCGAGAGUGGACAACAUCGCGCACCUGCGCGAGCGCCACCGACACUUCCUGGGGAUACAAGACAGAAGCAGAGGCCUGAAGGCAUGUCGCGUGAACUAUAUGCCCUGCUAGGUCCCAAUGCACCCAGCCUCGUCAUGUCUAGUGCUACAGGAGGGCCAGAUGGAUUGGCUUCCAGCGGAGGUACACAACCGACAUUCCAGCCCAAGUUCCAGCGAAAGGCCAACUCAGGCGUUGUUCGCAGGUGGGCAUGGACUCCGUUCCGGAAUCCUGCACGCGAGGACACGCCAACCGACACGGAUUCUGCAGCGUCAGAAGCUCUGCUAGGACAGGGCUUGCCGACACGACGGGGUCUGGUGCUUCAUCACUGGAAACCUGUCUUAUCAUCGACAUCGUCUUUAUCGAAACAGAGUGGUGCUGAUGACGACGACAAGGAGAUGGGCGAUGAAGUCGCCCUCGAUGAAGCUUGGGCCCCAUUCAAUACGAGUUCUCAAGUGUUCCAUUAUACCACAGAAGAGUAUACCCAAUACCUGACCGACAGUGACUGGACAAGAGAUGAGACGGACUAUUUGAUUGAUAUGUGCGAAAUGUACGACUUGCGCUUCAUUGUCAUUGCUGAUCGAUACGAAUGGCCCGGAUCGCAUCGUACCAUUGAGGAUUUAAAGGCCCGUUACUAUACAAUCUGUCGUCGACUGUUGCGAGAACGAAUCAGUAAUGAGAAUGUCGAGACGAGACACACACAGCUGCAGACAUUCGCCUAUGACCGGCAGCAGGAAAUGGAGCGGAAGAAUGCUGUACAGAAAUUGUUUUCUCGCACACCCGAGCAGCUGGCCGAGGAGGAGGCGCUCUAUGUGGAAGCACGGCGUCUUGAACAAAAUGAGACAAAGUUUGCUCGGGAACGGGCUGAUCUUCUCCGCUUGCUCGGCGGUUUCGAUGGUGUUCCGUCAUACUCCGCUGCAACGGUUGCUGCUGUGGGUGCUGGUCUUGUAUGGCCAGGAUCGAGUCACCAUGUGGACCAACCUUUCGAUGAUAAAAAACACAAGCGACGCCGAACCGAUGUGCCGUCUCCACCAGCAAAGUCCAAGAGUGAUGCAAAACAGCAACUUUUCGAUGCACAGCAUUUCAUCACGCGCUUCUCGACGACGGGUCCGCAUGUGCUUCGCACGCCAUACCCCAAUUUGAUCGGCACACCUUCUGCACUGCCACCUGUGGCAUCCGCGACUAGUGGCUCCUCGACCAAGUCUGAGAACGCUGCACAUCAUGGAGCCUAUCUUCGGUCUACGCGUAUGCUGACGUUCCGUCCCAACCAAUAUACACGUGUCAUGCAGGCGCUAUCUGAGCUUCAUCCACCGGUCGGAGCAAGACUCGUAUUUCCUACCGCCACCAAUGUAGAAAAAUGGGAGACGCUUUUGGGCGCCGUUGCUGGUGGCCUCGAAAUUAAGAAGCAGCUCGAUCGCGUCGAAGCCGAGUACCAAAUAGCGCGAGCGCGGCUCGCUGCCGCUGAGCAGGCUGCAGCCAAAGCGCCGCCUCCCCGAACUGAGAGCGGGACAUCGGACACAAAGGUGCAUGGUUCAGAAACCGAGUCGCAGGACUCGACGAGUCGUUCGUCCGGUGCACAGAAAAGUCAAACACGCUAA